AUGAGCGGAGAACUGAAAGUAAAGGGCGUGACAGUAUUCGGCCCAGGAGGAAGGAGCCACCGGCCGAGUACUUGCACCCUUUGCACGAAGCUCAGCAAACUGUUCUGCGUUACGCCACUCGAGCGUUCCCUUGGUCAACUGCAACAGGGUAUCGUACGCAGCCCCUCGCAGAAGAAGCGGGAGGUAUCGCACAGCACGUUGGUCGACUACAUGGUCAGGGCAGUUGUCGACUGAGUUCAGUUUCACACGUGCACGGUAUUGCGCCAAAAGUUCUACAAUACCUUGUCCUGGUGCCCCUGAGAAAACAAGAUCUUUGGGUAGGCCUGCGGGUU